AUGUCAUUCAGGCAAACCGUCUCCGAAUUCUUUCCUCCUCCACCAGGCUUUACAGAAAAGGAUCUACCAUCUUUGUCCGGCAAAGCCUACCUCAUAACUGGUGGAGCAGCCGGCAUUGGCAAAGAGCUUGCCCGGAUACUCUUCUCGGCUGGCGCAACAGUAUACAUUGCUGGACGUAGCUUGUCAAACAUCGAAAGGGCAACCAAGGACAUUGUAGAUAAUCCAGUUCAACUUCAAAGCGCACAAACCGCUCCGGCGACCGGUAAAAUCGUCGCUGUCGUAUUCGACCUCGCGGACCUACCCUCCAUCAAACCAGCCAUUGAAACACUCAAACAGCAAACCACCAAACUCGAUGUCGCGUUUCUGAAUGCGGGCGUCAUGGUUCCUCCUCGUGAAUCAAAGACAAAGCAAGGAUACGAGUUGCAAUGGGGUACCAAUGUCGUCGGACAUUUUGUGUUGCAGAGGCUACUUUUGCCCCUGCUGCUCGCCUCUGCACGCGAAAGUGGUCAAGCCCGCAUCGUCUGGGCGUCUUCCGAUGCGAGCGCACGCUCACCGUCGCCCGACGGCAUCAGCUGGGAUGAUAUCAAUAGCCCAAAGCUGGAUUCAUGGACCACUUAUGGGCAGAGCAAGGCUGGGAAUAUAAUCCUGGCAGCGGAGACGGCGCGGCGGUAUGCAAAAGACAACAUCAUUGCUACGAGCCUGAACCCUGGACAUCUCAAAACGGACUUGCAGCGGCAUUGGCUUUCGGAUUCGCGUAUCAGAAGUCUUGUAACAGCACCUCUAUUGCAUGAACCGCGGUACGGGGCACUCACUCAGCUGUUUGUCGGGCUUUCAGAACGAGUAAACGCAGAAAAAAACGGACAGUACUUCAUUCCCUGGGGCCGAGAAGGCAAGAGGCCAAAGCAGAUUGAAAAGGGGCUGGAGAAUGGUAGCGGCGGCCGACUUUGGGAUUUGUUGGAGACGGAGACGGAGCAAUAUAUUUAG